ACCGACAAGGUGUGGACCGGUGUUGACCCGGAUGCUUUAUCACAUAUUAUUACCUGAACUACUACCUAUACGCGAAGUGCCCUCUGGUCCAGGUGAAAUUGAUGUUGAAAGCCGACAUAUUUACGUAAGGCUCUGAGAACCAAUGUUGUGACGUCAUCAAACAUAACCAUGGGUACAACACAACUAGAUGUCACCUUAUACAUAUUUACAUUGUUAUUGUUAACGCUGUGUGUUAAAGGCCAAGUUUCGCCACAGUUUUCCGAGGACACAUACACAAUUAAUUGCACGGAAAACACUGUUAAAGACUCUGUGUUGUUAAUUCUAACCGCCACAGACACGGACAGCGGCCCGGCGGGGCAGAUAGACUAUUCCAUGGAGGAGAAUGAAUGGUUUAGAAUAAACCAAACUGGGGCUAUAAAAGUCAAGGCUGCGAUAGACGCUGAAGACAAACGUGUUAGCAAGGUAAUGAAUUACAUCGUCACAGCCACCGAUAGGGGGACACCGAGUCGCUCAUCAACAGCAACCGUGCGCAUAACCAUAGUUGACGUGAACGAACAUCGGCCAAGCUUUAAAUCCAGUCUUUACCUUGGAACUCUGUUCGAUAAGGACCCCGUGGGGACCCCCGUUGUACAGGUGGAAGCUACAGACCUAGACAGGGAUGCGGUGUUAACCUAUGACCUGUCAAUACCCUUCCCAUAUUUACACAUUGAUAAUCACACGGGAAAUAUUACAGUGAGUCAAACAGUGGAUUACGACGCCAUCCUGGCAGGUCAAGGGAGAGGUACCUUCCCAGUUAAAGUGAGAGUAAACGAUACUGGAAGGUUUCUGGUGAUUGGAACAUUAUUGAUCUCUAUAAAAAGAAAAAAUCACAUCCCGCCGAAAUUUGAUCUGACGACGCCAACAAUCGAAGUCUCUGUGGACGAAGGUGUGCAAGGGGUUGUGCUUGAAACUGUUAAGGCUACGGAUGACCAAGGGUAUCGUGUACAGAAAGUCACAUACGAUCUUCUUCAACAGGUUAUUCCUGAUUACCUAACUAUUGGGGCAGACUCGGGAGUGAUAACUCUUGUAAAGAGCCUUGACAGGGAGAGUAUUCCUGGCGGUAAACUGGAGCAACUGAUAACCGCAGAGGACGAUGGGAAUCCUCCGCCAGUCCUCACCAGCACAGCCACAUUGAUUAUCACCGUGAAUGACGUCAAUGAUAACUCACCAGUGUAUAGCGAGCCGACCUUUCAGCUAGCCCUUCCUCAGACAUAUCAAGCCGGACAACAGUUCACCAUACCGACAGCCACUGACGCGGACGAGGGCGAGAACGCCAGAGUGGUUUACCAACUGUCCGCCCAAGCUGAGCAGUACUUUAGCAUAGACAGAGAUAGUAGUGUGUUGACAACUCGGGCUGAGUGUGGGGUAGAAUGCAUCAAGACGGAAGACUGUUCACUAGGCAUGGUGACUGUUUACGCGUUCAAUGAAGGUCUGCCCCUACUGAACGACAGUUUGAAAGUAGAGCUCAUCUUAACCACACCGGGCUCGGCAGGACCGCCAUUAAGCGGCUUGAUCUCUUGCGCUGACGCAAGCACCCCUAACAACAACGACCCGGUCUUCCAGCCCCCUAGUUAUGUAGGACAGGUGCCGGAAAACUCUGCCAUCAACACUCUUGUGCUGAAAGUAUCAGCCACGGACGCUGAUGCCGGAAAUAGUGGUAAUCUGACUUUCAGUGUCAACUCACCAGAUUUUAGCGUGAACGCUGAUGACGGCACAGUCUACACUCUGCGAACGUUUGACUACGAGCAGCUUCCGGCAGAUAAACAACUCUGCGUGGAUGUGGUGGCCACAGAUAAAGGGAGGCCACCGCGAAGUUCAACAGCUGAGGUCUGUGUGACGGUGGUUAACGUCAAUGACAACCCUCCCAGCUUUGGUAGUUCCACUUAUCAGGCGACAGUUCGUGAUGGUGACCCGGUCGACACCGACGUCAUUACGUUGACGGCUGAUGACGCAGACGGCAUGGAUGAUCUCACUUAUGACCUGCUAGGUACAAAUCCUUACUUUAAAAUCAACCCGCAGACGGGGCUCGUGUCCCUCGCCCAGUCGAUGAACAGAGCGGACAUCCUGAACGGAAUUACUGGGGAGAUUAUUGAAAUACGCGUGAGGGCGAACGACGGGCCUUUUUCUGCGGAAGCUAGUAUCCAGGUAACCAUCGAGAGCUCUAACCUCCACAGUCCUGUGUUCGCCAGGGAUGUCAUCAGCAUAGAUGUACCGGAAGGGACUGUGGGAACGAUUACCUCACUGUCCGCCUCAGAUCAGGAUGUCCCUGCACAGACAAUCAGCUACCGGAUUGCAGACCAGGCGUACAACGGCAUUUUCAGCAUCAACCCCUCAACCGGUGAGAUCAGUGUGGUUAGUGGAAUUGACAGAGAGAACCUACCGACUGCCCUCGUGUCCGGCACCGCCUCUGUUGUUGUACUGGCUGUUGAUAAUGGAACACCUAAGUCAAACACUGGCACUGCCACUGUCAACAUAGCCAUCACCGACGUGAACGAUAACAAACCUCAGUUUGCUGAGAAUUACUUUGAGAUCCGCUUGUCAGAGGAUUUCAAACCAGGCCAGGUGAUUCAGCUGCCCGACGCCUCGGAUAAAGAUUUGGGAGAAAACGCCCGAAUAGUCUACACAGUCUCCUCGGAGGCCCUGACCAGAUUCAGCGCUGAUACCAACACGCUCACUACAACAACAACCUGUGAUAAAAAUUGCGUUAAAACUGUCGAUUGUGCUUUACUCCAGUUCACCUUGGAGGCGUACAACCCGGACAAACCACAAAACCGGUCCCAGUUACCCGUUUCUGCCAACCUGCUCUUCUGUUGGAUCACCCAACAACAACGACCCAAAGUUCUCCAAAGACAACUACGAUGGAACAGUGACCGAGGGAGUUCCCCCAAACACUGUCGUCAUUACCGUAAACACAACGGACGAGGAUUAUGGCGACAGUGGUAA